CAAAUAUUCCACAUGGUUACUCCAAGUGCUCUUCCCUGCAUGCCUUUAUGCAGUCAGGUUAAUUGUGAUCGGAUAUUAGACAGACAGAAGUCCUAGGCGUUUACUGCUGUUGAGGGGAUUCCUGGUUUUUAUUUGAGACAGUUUGAUGAGCUGGGUCCAUGGACCCCCAACAGUCUGCCCUCCCACUGCAGCUGCAUGGCAACAGUUUUGCUAUGAGCUCUGGACAAGUGCCAAAACUAAACGCGGGAUACAAUGGAGGAGGAGGAGGAAGUGGUGGUGGUGGCAGAGGCGGAGGAGGAGGAGGCCAAGAAGCAGAACUUAAUCAGCAAAACAUGACCUCCUCUGCACAUGUCAGUUCCAGGUUGAACCCAGAUGAACAGUUUCAGAGCCCACUGGAGCCUCUGGUUCACUGCCAUGCCAAGGGCAGGCUGGACAUCAAGAGCAGGAGCUGUAGUCUACUCACCAUCUGCCACUCUGGAGUAAUUUUUCCCUGGAUGAAUCCACGGACAACUGACUCCGAACAAUCUGUCAGCGGUCGUGUGGCGGCUGGUCUGCCUCGCAGGGGAAAGGCUGGGGCGAGGAGGGGGAGGACGGCCUUCACCAACAGCCAACUGCUGGAGCUGGAGAAGGAGUUCCACUUCAGCCCCUACCUGCGUCGCCCUCGGAGGCUGGAGAUAGCCGCCGGGCUGCAGCUCACCGACCGUCAGGUCAAGAUCUGGUUUCAGAACCGCAGGAUGAGGUACAAGAAGGAGCACAAGUACAGAAAGGUGGUAGGUGCGUCCCAAUGUCCUCCUUGCAACCCCACGUCCAACUCGAGCUCGUGCACGGACCACAUGAGGUUCCCGGAUGCUUGUGUUGUUAGAACUUCCUCCUCCUCAGACCCGCACUUCAUGGAUUAUGUUUCCGUGUCAUCCCCCAUCUUUGGCUCGCACAGUGACAGCAGCAGUGGUCAGUAUGUUCACCCUGCAGACCUGCCCCAUCUGAGUCACAUACCUCCAUCUGUUGCAAAUGGUCUGCAGCCCUCCUGUACGGGUGUAGAUAGUCAUCACCAUGCUGGUAUUUCAAACUGGCCCUAGGGUCCCAUAAUGGCCGUCCCUCCUGUGCUCAUCAAAAUCUCAAUGAUACAUCCACUUUCACUUACUUAUGAAAGACCGGAGGACGUCUGAUUAGCAUCCCAGGGCUGAAACCCCCCCACCCCCACCGCUCAACACACACUUUCGCCAUCCAGGAAGCAUUUUAAUUAAACUAUAUGAACAUAUCUUAAUUAAAGGAGAGCUACAGUGAUAUUGUUUGUGUUUCUCAUGCAGGGUGACUGAAGACUGCAAGUCUUCAAACUUGCUGCUCACAUUGUACAUACACGGCAUGCACAAGACAUUUGAGCAAUUAAUAAUCACAUGUUUUUUGCUGUAUUUUUGUGGCUGUUACAUUUAUAUUGUUGUUGCAUGUUUAAUGCAUGUGGGAACCAUACUAGGAGUGAGUUCUCUAUUUCCCUCUUUUGGCAGAUAAUAGCUAAGUGGUUGUCAUAUUUUGUAAGUGUCACAUUAGGCCUCCUUUUUCAUCAUGUACUGUAAAUAGCAGGUCAUUUGUGUAAAAUGUUUUAACUGUGAAAUGGGCAGAAUAAUGUUCAUAUUGAAUGAUGUUAUAUUUUUGUUAACGCCAUUAAAAGGAUACGGCAAGUCUUUGAUACUGUUCUUGAUUAAUUGAGAUGUCAUAUACUGUACAUGCAUAAUAAAUGCAUUUGGGAAAACUGUA